ACGCAAAAGCUCAUCUCUCUCUCUCUCUCUCUCUGGGAGAAACGGAGAGGCGAAAAGAUUCUCCAAUGGCGUCGACGAAACGGGAGCCACCGCCAGGCGACUCGGACGAGCGUGAAGCGAAGAAAGCGAAGGCAUCGGUGUCGGACUCUUCGGAGCCUGCGAAAAUCCGGCAGCGAGUCGUUCUCAACCCGGCCGAUUGCGAUUUAGAUUUCAACAUUGAAGGUAAUGGAUUGCAUGGUUCUGCACUUCAUGACCAGGGAUUUGCCUAUUGCUGGUCUGGAUCUCGUGCUAAUGUGGGCAUAACUGGGGGCAAGUAUUGUUUUGGUUGCAGAAUUAUUUCAGCCCAACCAGUUGAUAUGGCUGACACACCCCCUGAACAGCAGCAUGUAUGUCGCCUUGGCAUCUCAAGAGGGGAUGAUAGUGUUGGAAACCUUGGGGAAACUGAGCACAGCUUUGGUUUUGGUGGCACUGGAAAGUUUUCUACUGCAGGAAAGUUCUCUAAUUAUGGUGAAAAGUUUGGGGUAGGUGAUACAAUUGUCUGUGCUGUUAAUCUAGAACACAAACCUUUGGCUUCAAUCAGUUUCUUUAAGAACGGGAAAUGUUUGGGUACUGCAAAGCAUUUUAGUGCUGGUCUAGAUGGUCUUGGAGUGGUAGAUUGCCCAAUUAGAAAGCUACAGUGGGAGUCAGCACUCUUUCCACAUGUUCUAUUGAAAAAUGUUGUAGUUGAGGUGCAGUUUAGUGUUGAAGAUGGUCUUAUUCCUGAGGAAGGCUACAAACCAUGGGCUUCUGCUUUAGAGGAUGGAAAUGCAAUAAUGGGACCCACCUUUUCAGACCCAAGGGACUGUGAACUGAUGAUGAUGGUUGGUUUACCUGCUUCUGGGAAGACUACUUGGGCAGAGAAAUGGGUGAAAGAGCAUCCUGAAAAGCGAUAUGUUUUGCUUGGAACAAACCUAGCUCUAGACCUAAUGAAGGUGCCUGGACUGCUACGCAAGCAUAACUAUGGUGAAAGAUUUGACCGCCUGAUGGAUCGUGCAACAGGGAUAUUUAAUACUCUGUUAUCCAGGGCUUCCAAGACACCUCGUAAUUACAUCAUUGACCAAACAAAUGUCUACAAGAGUGCUCGUAAACGUAAACUGAAGCCUUUUGCAAGUUAUCGGAAGGUUGCCGUUGUGGUUUUCCCAAGACCAGAAGAGCUCAAGUCUCGUGCUGAUGGUAGAUUCAAAAGUAUGGGAAAAGAGGUUCCAGCUGAAGCAUUGAAUGAAAUGUUAGCCAAUUAUGUUUUGCCAAUAAGUAAGGACAUGCCUGGUGCAGAUGAGUAUUUUGAUCAGGUCAUUUUUACCGAACUUAACAGAAAUGAGUCUCAGAGAUGUUUAGAUGAGAUGAAGCAUGCCCUGCCAUUAGGAGGAAAUACACCAACAAAGAGUGUUUCACCUUAUUCUCAUGAUAGUUCCUCACAGUCAUAUUACAGCUCUCCACUGCAAAUGCAUGAAACUCUGUCAGCAAGCACAGGAGACGGGCGACAUUCUUAUUCAACUCAGGCUCAGUUGAAUUAUGAUUACCAAAGGGCUGAUCUGAUAAACUCAGCACAUUUUGGGGGUAGGGUACCUGGAAGAAUGGAUUCAUUUUCUCUAGAUUGGCAAGGAGGUCAGACUGCGCGUGUACCUUAUGGCAGUUAUGAUCGCAUGCAGAGUACUGGAGUUGUUGCUAACUCUUAUAGCACUUAUGGAAGGAGUGGUUCCUAUAGUCAUCCAAAUCUUGAAAACAGGAACUUCAUUCCUGGUGGUGCCACUGGUCAUUAUCAGAGUGGCACUGUUGAACCCUAUAUGAGGUCUUCUUACAGCACUCAUGGUGAACAAACUGGUUUCUUGGGGCCAAGAGGUUCCCAAGCCACUUCAGGAUACUUACCAUUACUGCCCAGUUCGCCAGCCACAUAUGGUUCACCACAUGAAACCCCGAGGCCUCCAUAUGGAAGCCCUUCUGGUGAUAUGCGGCCUGCUCGAGGAUUUGGCCCGCGUCAUCCUGGGUACUACUGACUGUAGACUCAUGCAUGAGUUAAAUUAAGAAUUCAGAGUUCAGGAAUGGCGAGGAUAUGAAGAAGGGUGUUGUGGAGUCGUGUAGAGAUAAUAGCGAGGAGCAGCCCCCAACCCCCCGACCAAAACCCCCCAAAAAGAAGAAAAAACAAAAAGAAAAAGAAAAGAGGGUAAAAACAGUUGGUGGUAGUAAUUAUGAAGCUUCUGUAUAUAACAGCUACGUCACUCAUGAACAGAAACGUAUAUCUUAGAUGAGUUUUGGUGCAUGAUUCUGACUAA